AACAAAACAAAGCAAACCCUAGUAGUGACCAAAUUAUAUAUCUCAUUUGUCGUCUCUUCGUUUAGGGUUUGCAUCUCUGUGUUCCUGUGCCCCCCACUUCAGAGAACCAACAACAAUGGUUGCCGCCAAGAAAACCAAGAAGACCCAUGAGAGCAUUAACAACAGGCUCGCUCUUGUCAUGAAGAGCGGCAAAUACACCCUUGGCUAUAAGACCGUUCUCAAAUCCCUUAGGAGCUCCAAAGGGAAACUCAUCAUCAUUGCUAACAACUGUCCCCCUUUGAGGAAGUCAGAGAUAGAAUAUUAUGCCAUGUUGGCUAAGGUUGGAGUUCAUCAUUAUAAUGGGAACAAUGUGGAUUUGGGCACUGCAUGCGGCAAAUAUUACAGAGUGUGCUGUCUCAGUAUUAUUGAUCCUGGUGAUUCAGAUAUCAUUAAGACACUGCCUGGGGAACAGUAAAGUAGCGUUGGAAGUUCCUUGAUAUAUUUUUAUUUUAGUUGAUUUAGACAUUUGGAAGAAAAUCUGAUUCAGUUGUAAUCUUUGGAGUAAGGUUGCCUGUUUUCUGGGAACUCUAGCUGAGCAUCAAGUAAUUUUGACUUGGAAAAUUCUUCAUGAUGUUUUAUUGUGCUAAUUUCUACAGAGAUAAUAUAUUUAUAUUUUGAUAGCUCCUUCUGUUAA